CUUUUGCCAACUCCCCACCCCUAACCCACCCAGCCAGCCCAGCCUUGGCCCCCUCCCCAGAGCUAGACCUGCUUUCUUGAGGGUGGAGGGUGGCUGUGGAGCAGCCCCCUAAGCAAGGCAGAUGCCUGUGGGAAGGGAGCCCUGCAUGCUUCGGGGGGAGGGGCAGGAGCACCACAUCAUCCAACAGGUUGGUCAGGCUGGGAGGCGUCCCGCCCUCCUGCAGCUAAUGAGCACUGUGCAACAGGUGUCUGCUCCUCAGUCCCCAGCCUGCCCCAGCUGUGACCAGAGCGACCAGAGCCCGCCGCUCACCGCCUUAUCCCCAAGGCUCACUCGCUCAUCCCCCCCUCUGCUUCCGGCCGGGGGCGCCAUGACCUGCCGCUCCUGCGUGGUUGGCUUCAGCAGCCUCAGCAGCUGUGAGGUGACCCCGGUGGGCAGCCCCCGGCCUGGAACCUCGGGAUGGGGCAGCUGUGGGGCCCCCGGGCCAGGCUUCAGCUCCCACAGCCUCACAGGCUGCUGGUCAACUGGCACCAUCCCCAAGGUGACUGUGAACCCCAGCCUGCUGAUACCCCUGGACCUCAAGGUGGACCCUGCUGUUCAGCUGCAGAAGAACCAGGAGAAGGAGGAGAUGAAGGUCCUCAACGAUAAAUUUGCCUCCCUGAUUGGCAAGGUGCAAGCCCUGGAACAGCGCAACCAGCUGCUGGAGACACGCUGGAGCUUCCUGCAGGGCCAGCACUCAGCCGCCUGCGACCUGGGGCAUCUCUACGAGGAAUACCAGGGCCGGCUGCAGGAGGAACUGCGCAAAGUGAGCCAGGAGCGGGGACAGCUGGAGGCCAACCUGCUGCAGGUGCUGGAGAAGGUCGAGGAGUUUCGAAUCCGGUAUGAGGACGAGAUCUCCAAGCGCACAGACAUGGAGUUCACCUUUGUCCAGCUGAAGAAGGACCUGGAUGCAGAGUGUCUUCGUCGGACUGAACUGGAAACCAAGUUAAAAAGCCUGCAGAGCUUCGUGGAGUUGAUGAAAACCAUCUAUGAGCAGGAGCUGAAGGACCUGGCAGCGCAGGUGAAGGAUGUGUCAGUGACCUUUGGCAUGGACAGCCGCUGCCACAUCGACCUGAGCGGCAUCGUGGAGGAGGUGAAGGCCCAGUACGAUGCCAUCGCAGCUCGCAGCCUGGAGGAGGCUGAGGCGUACUCUCGGAGCCAGCUGGAGGAGCAGGCCGCCCGCUCGGCCGAGUUUGGGAGCAGCCUCCAGAGCAGCCGCAGCGAGAUCGCAGACCUCAAUGUGCGCAUCCAGAAGCUUCGGUCCCAGAUCCUCUCCGUCAAGAGCCAUUGCCUGAAACUGGAGGAGAACAUCAAGGCAGCCGAGGAGCAGGGUGAGCUGGCCUUCCAGGACGCCAAGACCAAGCUGGCGCAGCUGGAGGCCGCCCUGCAGCAGGCCAAGCAGGACAUGGCGCGGCAGCUGCGCAAGUACCAAGAGCUGAUGAAUGUCAAGCUGGCCCUGGACAUCGAGAUCGCCACCUACAGGAAGCUGGUGGAGGGCGAGGAGGGCAGGAUGGACUUGCCCUCAGCCACCGUGGUCAGCGCUGUGCAGUCCCGGUGCAAAACCGCCCCUUCCCUCCCCUACCCCUUAUGUUCCCUGUAGCUGCCUCCAGGUCAGGCCUCUCCAAGGCCCCCUCCCGGAAGAAGAGGGGCAGCAAAAGCCCUGUGAUCAAAAUCACCGAACUGUCAGAGAAGUACUUUUCGCAGGAGUCGGAGGUCUCGGAGUAAGGUGGCUGGACCCCAGGAACCCCAGGGCACUCCACUGCAGCAGAAGGGACUUAAGCUAGACUCAAGAAAGCAGCUUGAAGCCUCUAGGUUGGGAGAAGAGGCAAAACCUGCCACUGAACCGAGCGGAGGAGGGUUGGAAACUGCCUGCCAUUUUGGGCUGCCAGGGUGGGAGAGGAGCAUCAGCAGCGGUUCAGAGCCAUUCCGCUCCAUCUCCACCGCUCACAGCGCCAGCCUUCCACCCUGGCUGGAGGUGUUCCUGAUGGGUGAGCUGGAAUUAGGGGUCAGUUUUGUCUCUAUCUCCUCACUCCUCUUAGGCUCCUCCUCCAGCAUAGUGCUCUGCCGAGGCCCCUCUGACUCUUGCUCAAUCCUUGCCCUGGACUCCUAUCUCAAGCCUUGCCUUGCCUCUGCCUCAGAACUGAGGCUGGAACCCAGCUUGCUCACCUAUGGGCCAGGGCCAAAGAGGACAGUGUGGGCCCUGUCCUGUAUCUGGAGUUCCUGGGAAGACUGGAUGCUGAAGACUCUCUUGGCUUUCCUGUGCUCCUUGAGCUCCCCAGAGACCUGACAGUAUUAGGGAGUGAAGGGAGGAGGGGCCCUGGGUGUUUGGGACCUGAGCCUAAGCCCUGGAGAUCAGCCAGGAACACCUGCGCCCCUCCCCGCUCUUGUGGGUCCCUCCUACUAGGCCAUAGUCAGAACCAGAAGGGCUGCCCCCAGCCAGCUCCCAGACCUUCUCCAGAAGCGAUUCUUGCCAUAAUCAACUCCCUUGGAGUGGAAGCCAGAGGGCGACUUGAGAUUAAGCAGGAGCAUCAGAUCCUCCUUCCACCUCCCUGCCAUGCAGGUAUCCCAUCCAGCCUGGAAUCAGAGCUCUCUGCCCCUAGCCCACGUUGUUCCCAGCCUGAACUCCUGGCUUUGGUGCACCAGGUCCUGGAUACCCCUGGUCCCACCCCUGCCAUGAGAUGAAGCCCCAGGCCCACUUCCCAUGAGUCUCACUUCUCAGAGCCUCUGUUCCCCUCUCCAUUGGGCCAAACAGCCUGGCCCUCCUCCUUGGCAUUCAUGGAGGAGCCCAGGAACUCCCCACACCUAUGGGGUUAGAGCUCCUCCUUCCUUCUCACUCCAUCCCCUUCCUCCCUCCUUGCCCACUCCCCCUGCCUCCAGCAGGCCAGGAAGAAGGCACAGUCCAGGCAAGUCUGGGAGCCUCCAAGCCCUUGAGGACCAGCUGUGGAGCCCAAAUGACAGCCUGACAAGGGCUCCUAAGAAAGGGAAAUUCUGCAUCCCAUCAGAAGACGGGGUGUUGGCAGGCAUACGCCUAUCUCCUCCUCUCGGCUCUCAGCUCCGGGGCUUGUAGAGGCAUCCCAGCAGCUCCAGCCUCCCACUGCACAGCUUCCUUCCCUCCUCUCUCCUCUCCCCUCCCUGCCCCUCACCUCACCUCCUCUUCUAGAAAACGUUGGAUUCUAGAAAUCUCAUUUUUCAGGACAUGCUGGCCAGAGGUCUGGGCCCAUCCCAGGCCUCAAGGCCAUCCAGGCCUGUGGGGAGCACUGGCAGGUUACUGACUCUCUGGCCAUGGGAACUCAGACAUUCUUAUCCCUGAAGUCCCAAAAGAGGGUGCUGAUCGGUGCUUUUUCUCAAGCUCUUCACUGGUUUCCAAGGGAACAAAUCCUCAGUGGGGAUACAAGAUAUAUUAAGUAUAUAUUAUUUUUUCAUAACUUAUGUGGCUUUUAACUUAUUGCUUCCCUUCCUGUUUCUGCAUAAUCCAUCUGUAUAUACUAUCUGGAUAGAUUACACGUGUUCCAGCCACCUCACCUGACUGGCGACCUUGGGGCAAUGUCCCCUUCUCCCUGCCACAGAAUGAAUAAAUGUUGAGAUUUGUCCAUG